AUGUUUGCCAACCUGGUACUUCAGGAUACAGUAGAACGAACGUUUAUUGAUGGAACAUAUAGCGAUGUCUAUAGGGGAGUGUUUGCUAUUCGAGGAGAGAAUGUUGUGUUGCUUGGAGAAAUUGAUCCAGAAAAGGAUGCGGAAGCACUAGCCAAGUUGACCAAAGCAACCGCAUCCGAGACGGUUGGGAAAUUCAAACAUGAACAGGAUUUUAAAAAAAGACGGAAGGACAAGGUGGACAAGAUUCUUGCAUCCAAAGGCUUCUAUAUUGGAAUAAAUGAACAUGAUGCUUAUUGA